CGGCGCGGAGCGGGCAGCCGGCCGGCCGCCAUGGCCCUCAGCGGAGCGCCGCGCUGCCGCGCCGCGGAGCGGCCGCCCCGCUGGAGGAGGCCCUGGAAGCUCCUGGCCCUCGGCCUGCUCUCCGCCUCCUCCGUGCUGGCGGCCGCCCCGGGCGCCGGGGCCAUGAGCAGGGAGGAGAAGCGCCGGCUGGGAAAUCAAGUGCUUGAAAUGUUUGAUCAUGCAUAUAGCAAUUAUAUGGAGCAUGCGUAUCCAGCUGAUGAACUCAUGCCUUUAACUUGUCGUGGACGAGUGCGGGGUCAGGAGCCAAGUCGAGGGGAUGUGGAUGAUGCCUUGGGAAAGUUUUCACUGACCUUAAUUGAUACUUUGGACACUCUUGUGGUGUUAAAUAAAACCAAAGAGUUUGAAGAGGCUGUAAAAAAAGUAAUAAAGGAUGUUAAUUUAGAUAAUGACAUAGUUGUUUCUGUCUUUGAAACCAACAUAAGAGUCCUUGGAGGUCUCCUAGGUGGGCACUCAGUGGCAAUAAUGCUGAAGGAAAAAGGUGAAUAUAUGCAGUGGUACAAUGGUGAACUCCUGCACAUGGCAAAGGAACUGGGCUACAAGCUUUUGCCUGCUUUUAACACCACUAGUGGUCUCCCUUAUCCAAGAGUUAACUUAAAAUUUGGUGUAAGACAUCCAGAAGCACGAACAGGAACAGAAACUGAUACGUGUACAGCUUGUGCUGGUACCUUGAUCCUUGAGUUUGCAGCUUUAAGCAGAUUCACAGGAACAUCUAUAUUCGAGGAGUAUGCCCGGAAGGCUCUGGAUUUUAUCUGGGAGAAGAGGCAGCGCAGCAGCAACUUAGUGGGGGUCACCAUUAACAUCCACACUGGAGACUGGGUCCGCAAAGAUAGUGGAGUUGGAGCAGGAAUAGAUUCAUACUAUGAAUAUUUAUUAAAAGCCUAUGUCUUGCUGGGAGAUGACAGUUUCCUGGAAAGAUUUAACACGCACUAUGAUGCCAUAAUGAGAUACAUCAGCCAGCCACCUCUUCUCCUUGAUGUUCACAUUCAUAAACCAAUGCUAAAUGCUCGGACCUGGAUGGAUUCUCUGCUUGCUUUCUUCCCUGGAUUGCAGGUGUUGAAGGGUGAUAUUAGACCUGCUAUUGAAACACAUGAGAUGCUGUAUCAGGUUAUAAAAAAGCAUAACUUUCUUCCAGAGGCAUUCACAACAGACUUCAGAGUUCACUGGGCUCAGCAUCCUCUGAGGCCUGAAUUUGCUGAAAGCACCUACUUCUUGUAUAAGGCUACAGGAGACCCUUACUACCUAGAAGUAGGAAAAACCCUCAUUGAAAACUUGAACAAGUAUGCCAGAGUUCCCUGUGGGUUUGCUGCCAUGAAGGAUGUUCGUACAGGAAGUCAUGAAGACAGGAUGGACUCAUUCUUCCUGGCUGAGAUGUUUAAAUAUCUGUACCUUCUCUUUGCUGAUAAGGAGGACAUGAUUUUUGACAUUGAAGAUUAUAUCUUCACUACAGAAGCUCAUCUGUUGCCACUCUGGCUCUCCACUACAAACCAAACCAUCUCUAAAAAAAAUACAAGCACAGAGUACACAGAGCUGGACGACAGCAACUUUGACUGGACCUGUCCAAACACCCAGAUCCUCUUCCCAAAUGACCCCAUGUUUGCCCAGAGCAUCCGCGAGCCGCUGAAGAACGUGGUGGAUAAGAGCUGUCCCCGGGGCAUUUCCAGAGCAGAAGAGAGUUUAGGAAGUGGACCAAAACCACCGUUGAGAGCCAGAGACUUCAUGGCCAGUAAUCCUGAGCACCUGGAGAUCCUGAAGAAGAUGGGAGUCAGCUUGAUCCAUCUGAAAGAUGGACGAGUACAACUAGUGCAGCACGCAGUGCAAGCAGCAAGUUCCCUGGAUGCAGAGGAUGGCUUACGGUUCAUGCAGGAAAUGAUUGAACUCUCCAGCCAGCAGCAGAAGGAGCAGCAGCUCCCUCCUCGUGCUGUCCAGAUUGUUUCCCAUCCCUUCUUUGGCAGGGUGGUCUUGACUGCUGGGCCAGCACAGUUUGGGAUGGACUUGUCCAAACACAAAGCAGGGACAAGAGGAUUCGUUGCAACCAUUAAGCCAUAUAAUGGAUGCUCAGAGAUCACUAAUCCUGAAGCAGUGAAAGAGAAAAUUGCUUUGAUGCAAAGAGGCCAGUGCAUGUUUGCUGAAAAGGCACGAAACAUUCAGAAAGCUGGAGCAAUAGGAGGCAUUGUCAUUGAUGACAACGAGGGCAGCAGUAGUGACACAGCCCCUCUCUUCCAAAUGGCUGGGGAUGGCAAGAACACAGAUGACAUCACCAUUCCCAUGCUCUUCCUCUUCAACAAGGAAGGGAACAUCAUCCUGGAUGCCAUCCGGGAGUAUGAGGCUGUGGAGGUGCUCCUUUCUGAUAAAGCCAAAGACAGAGCAACAAUCUUUAAAGGUAAAAUGAUUCCAAACUACAUUAUUGAUAGCAACUUGGAAAUGGAGAAUAUGGACCAGAAAUCAUCUGAAAGUGAUUCACACAAACCAAAUUCCGAGGAGGCUCCUUCAGAACCUCAGGAUGCUGGAGCAGGCAGUGAGGAGCCUGAAGGAGGAGGAGAGAGCUCUGCAGUUGGUGACCCUGACCCCUUGUCUCCUGCCAGCACAGCCAGUGUUUCCAUGGCAGAUGAGGAUCCCCACGCCUCUGGAGCUGCAGAGGCCAGUGCUCCAGAGCCAGCAUGCACACCAGGGCACAGCCAGCCUCAGGAACAAAACACCCAGACAGAGGCCAGUUCCAAAGCUCACUGGGAUAGUAAAGUCCAGCCUAUGGAAUCCAUAUUAGCAGACUGGAAUGAAGAUAUAGAAGCAUUUGAAAUGAUGGAAAAGGAUGAGCUAUGACUUGUAAUAAUAACUUAUUUGUUAAUAAACAAAUGGAGACCUCUUUGGGUAGAAGUGAGGCCCUGAUAUCCAAGAAAACAUAUUCAGUAUUGGGAUGAGCAACCAGGUGUCACCUGGAAAACAACACAGAAUUCCAGCACAGGCUCUUUGUAUGUUUUAAUUUUUCCUGUUUAAAAAUGGGAACGUGCAAUCAAAGCAUUUGGGUGGCCCCGUGGCUGGUGCUGUGCCCCAGGCAGGGAGGAGCCUGCCUCCUGGGGCUCUGGGAAGCAGGUGAGCAGGGUGGGGUGACAGGCCAUGGAAUGGUUCUUGAUGGGGCACCCCUACUCCUCCCCAGCUGAAAGCCUUCCUUACAGCAGCAGGGGAAUUGUUUCCAGGUGUUUGCACAGCUGGAAGCAGCCUGGUUUUGUCUGACAUAUCACAGUGCUGCUCAUCUCUCCUUGCACCCCUUUCCACAAGGGGACGUGGGAGUUCCCCUCCUGCUCUGCUUGCAGCUGGAGGAGUUGUACAAACCAAAGGCAGAGUGUGAGCAGGUCCUGCUGGAGGCUGGGCCAGCCGUGGGGCACUGGGAAAAGGUGUGGGAAGGUCCUGCUGGAGGCUGAGGGGAAGGCAGGUGUUGAGUCCCAGGUGUUCCCCUUGGCCUCCCAGGUGGAAAACCUCCAGUCUGCCCCAAAAUCUGAAACAGUCUCUGAAAGGACACAGCUCCAUUAGCUGUAACAAAACCUUUUUCUACAAGUUUGACUUCCAGCAGCUUGACUCCUCGUUCUUUUUAUAUACAACUUGUGGAUGUGGUGUUUCAGGCAGGGAGGAAGAGCAACAAUUCUGGCUGUUGGGUCAAUAGUUCAGAGACCAGGGGUGUUACCCCAGGCUCUGGAGUUUGUUACAGGUAAGUGGGAGUUCAAAUUUGUUAUCCACAUUAUAUUUAAGUAAAAAUGGGGAAGUUUAAACAACAUAGAGGCAUUUUGACUGUGGCCAAAGAAACUGCCAAAACCUAAAUAACUUGAUUUAUAUAAACUGCUUUUAGUGACUUGUGGUUCAAAAAAUGGUUUUAUAUUAAAGAUGAAAUGAACACUGCCUAUAUGCUGCACCAGGCUAAAAAUGCAGGUUUAUGUUCAUCAUUGCAAUGGAGUAAAUAAACAGGAAGCCCCACUCUGGACUGCACCUUUGAUUUAGCUGGUGAAAUUACACAUGCUGAAUAUGCAACUGUUAAUUAGCACAGCCAUACUCUGUAUUUAUACUCUGUACAGUGAGCAGGGCAAUCCCAGGCAUGUUGGAUCCAUGUACUCAGCCACACUUGCUUUCAAAAGUCUCAGAAUGCACUGGCACCUUUUGAGAGCAUGGCAGUCCAUCUAAAUAUCAUCCAGAACUUUAAAUCACCAGGGUAGGAGGGAAUUCGAGGAGGAACAGUGAAUAAGUGUCCUUUGAAAGAAAUUAGCUCUUAAAUGGAGUUGUCAUUCCUUUGCACAAGUAACUGUCUGGAGGGUUGAAGCAGCUGGGGGUUUUCAGUUGGGAAUGGUUUUAUUUAUGGUUUUGUUACAUGAGUUCAUAGAAGGCAUUUGACCAGGGGAGCCUUGUGAGUGUCCUUGGUUCCUUGGAGAGCCAGGACACAGCCAAGUGGAGCAUCAAACCAUGAGGUGCAGAUCAAACCUUUUCACUCAGAGAAUUCUGUUGAUCUGCCAGUGCUCAGUGCCACAAAAGGAGCAUCUUUGUUCCCAUGCUUUUGGACAUGGACAUCAUCUUCCUUCUUGGUAGCUCUUUUGGUGGAAAUAGAGUUAUUUUUAUAUCCUAGAGGCCUCUGGUCAUUAUUAUCUCAAAAUAGCAGGUUUUCUUUUUUUUUUUUUUUACUUGCAGAUUUAGGUGUAGAUGUCAAAUUUUAUUAAAAGGUUAACUUUCCUUGCCAUCACUCAUCAGCUCAUUUUUAGGAACUGCUUUCUC